AGGGUGGCGCUGCCGGCUAAGACUGUGAAUAAGGAGCCCUAAAAAGCUCCCGUGUUCCUUUGUUGCCAGACGAAAUCAACACCACACAGAAGCAGCUUUGCCAGCCGUGCUGGGUUACCAACGAGUUUGGGUAGCGAUAUACUAAACGACUUUAAGAUUAAAGGUAAUUUUUUGAAGAUUCUACCAAGCAAGAAGUCAGAAUUUAAUACCUCGGGUCUUUUUGUGGUUGCUGAAGGGAUUGGAUGUAAGCACUCUGGCGCCAACAUGGAGACGCUAGAGAGAAUUCAACAAAACAGGCAAGUGAUGACAUUUAUUUUGAUAGUAUUCUUAUCUCAGGUUCACCCUGCGCCUAUUCGUUAUUCUGUGCUGGAAGAAACAGAGAGCGUCUCCUUUAUAGCCCAUUUGACCAAGGACCUGGGCCUGGGAAUUGGGGAGCUGGCCGCCCGGUCGGCCCAGGUGGUGUGUGACGAUGACAAGCAGCGCUUGCUGCUAGAUCGCCAGACUGGAGAUUUGCUUUUGAGGGAGAAACUAGACCGGGAAGAUAUAUGUGGCCCCGUUGAACCCUGUGUGCUGCAUUUCCAAGUGUUCCUGGAAACUCCGGUGCAAUUUUUUGAAGGGGAACUAUUAAUCCAGGACAUAAAUGACCACUCCCCAGUAUUCCCGAAUAGGGAAAUGCUCCUGAAAAUACCGGAAAACAGCCAGCCGGGGACUGUUUUUCCGUUGAAAUUAGCUCAGGAUUUGGAUGUGGGCAGCAAUGGUCUUCAAAAAUACACUAUCAGCCCCAAUUCUCAUUUUCACGUUGUCACUCGAAAUCAUAGUGAGGGCAAUAAAUAUCCAGAUUUGGUGCAGGACAAAGCACUGGAUCGAGAGGAGCAGCCUGAGUUCAGCUUAACCCUCAUGGCGCUGGAUGGCGGGUCUCCACCUAGGUCUGGCACCAGCAUGUUACGAAUCCUGAUCAUGGAUGUCAAUGACAAUGCUCCUGAGUUUGUGCACACUCCAUAUGAGGUGCAGGUUCUGGAAAACAUCCCCCUAGACUCCCCAAUACUUACUGUUUUAGCUAGGGAUGUAGAUGCUGGAAACUUUGGGACUGUUUCCUACAGUUUGUUCCAAGCAUCAGAGGAAAUUAAACAAACUUUCUCAAUAAAUGAAGUCACAGGAGAAAUCCGACUGACAAAGAAAUUGGAUUUUGAACAAAUUAAAUCUUACCACGUGGAAAUUGAGGCUACAGAUGGAGGAGGCCUUUCCGGAAAAGGCACUGUAGCCAUAGAGGUGGUAGAUGUGAAUGACAACGCCCCUGAAUUUACCAUACCUUCACUCACCUGCUCCAUCCCAGAAAAUGCUCCUGAAACUGUAGUCUCCAUCUUCCGAAUUCGAGAUAGAGACUCCGGAGACAAUGGAAGGAUGGUUUGCUCUAUUCCAGGUAAUCUGCCAUUCAUUCUAAAACCGACUUUAAAGAAUUUCUACACCCUGGUAACAGAGAGCCCUCUGGACAGAGAGAGCAGAGCCGAGUACAACAUCACCAUCACCGUCACAGAUAUGGGGACACCGAGACUGAAAACCCAGCACAACAUAACCGUGCUGGUGUCCGACGUCAACGACAACGCCCCCGCCUUCACCCAGACCUCCUACACCCUGUCCGUCCGCGAGAACAACAGUCCCGCCCUGCACAUCGGCAGCGUCCGCGCCACAGACAGAGACGCGGGCGCCAACGCCCAGGUCACCUACUCGCUGCUGCCGCCCCUCGACGCGCACGUGCCCCUGGCCUCCCUGGUGUCCAUCAACCCGGACAACGGCCACCUGUUCGCCCUGAGGUCCCUGGACUACGAAGCCCUGCGGGCGUUCGAGUUCCGCGUGGGCGCCGCCGACCGCGGCUCGCCCGCGCUCAGCAGCCAGGCGCUGGUGCGCGUGCUCGUGGCGGACGACAACGACAACGCGCCCUUCGUGCUGUACCCGCUGCAGAACGCCUCGGCGCCCUGCACCGAGCUGGUGCCCAGGGCGGCCGAGGCGGGCUACCUGGUGACCAAGGUGGUGGCGGUGGACGGCGACUCGGGCCAGAACGCCUGGCUGUCGUACCAGCUGCUCAAGGCCACGGAGCCCGGCCUGUUCGGCGUGUGGGCGCACAACGGCGAGGUGCGCACGGCCCGGCUGCUGAGCGAGCGCGACGCGGCCAAGCACAGGCUGCUGGUGCUGGUCAAGGACAACGGCGAGCCGCCGCUCUCGGCCAGCGUCACGCUGCACGUGCUGCUGGUGGACGGCUUGUCGCAGCCCUACCUGCCGGCCCCGGAAGCGGAAGCGGUGGACGCGGCCCCGAUCGCCCCGCUCACCGUCUACUUAGUGGUCGCCUUGGCGUCGGUGACGUCGCUCUUCGUCUUCUCGGUGCUGGUGUUCGUCGCGGUGCGGCUGUGCAGGAGGGGCGGGGCGGCCUCGGUGGGUCGCUGCUCGGUGCCCGAGGGCCCCUUUCCGGGCCACCUGGUGGACGUCAGCGGCACGGGGACCCUGUCCCAGAGCUACCAGUACGAGGUGUGUCUCAAGGGAGGUACUGGGACGAAUGAGUUUAAAUUUCUGAAGCCGAUUAUCCCUAAUCUUCCAGUCCAAGACACCGGUAGGCAUAUAGGAGAAAAUGAGAACUUUAGGAAUAGCGUUGGAUUCAACAUUCAAUAAAAUAAUUUACUUUAAACUUCUAA